GGGUAGAGCCUCUUCUGCUUUUCCACGUGGCGAGGCUCUGAUUUUUUUCUUUUCCGCCACUCUUUAGUUCUGUUCUGCAGGAAUCCACCCCCCGCCACAGCCCCUCUCCUCCUGCCCUUUACACCCGCUUCCUCCCUGUGCAGACCUGUCUCCCUGGCUGUGACUCAGCCGCUCUCUCCUUCCCUCUGGCUCCGGCCCUUUGCUGGGGCUGCCAAGCGGGCUGAUCUCCCGUAACGAGCAACUCACACCGCAGCUCGGGGAAAGGGAAAGGGCUCUCUCCCCGCUUUACGGCUGCUGAAAACCCUCCCUCCCCAGCCAGCUCAGUGCAGCCACGCCGCGCCCGGGCUCGCUCCUCUGCAAGAUUUCUCAGUUGGACAUUGGAAAUAGCUUUUGAUGGUUCUGGGCUUCUUUCAUGUGACCCAGGCGGAUUAAUCUAGAGAUCUGCACUCAAGACUAGAAAUAUGCCUUCAUGAAAAAGUGUCUGCAAACAGUGACCCUUGCUGUCUUGGCUUUAAGGUAAAAAGAUGGCUUAUCACAAAGUGAACGCAGACCAGAGAACACAGGGGCACUCUCAAUACCUUGACAAUGAUGACCUCCAGGCCACCACGUUGGAACUAGAAUGGGACAUGGAAAAAGAGCUGGAGGAGCCUGGCUUUGACCAUUUCCGACUGGAUGGUACAGUCGAUCACCAUUCGGGAAAUCCACAAAACCCCAACAUUGAUCUCGAGCCUAUUCAGCCCUCGGCAUCCCCUAAAGGAAGAUUUCAGCGCCUUCAGGAAGACCCAGACUAUGUGUCACAUUAUACGAGACCAGCACCAAAGAGCAACCGCUGCAACUUUUGUCGGAUAUUUAAACUAUUUUGCACUGUUUUGACUUUAUUUAUUUUUGGAAUUUUACUAGGAUAUUAUGCACACAAAAAAUGUCCUCCUUCCCCCACUCCUUCAGAACCAAGUGACCCUCAUUUCUACCACGAGAUUCUCAAGGAAAUCAAAGCUGAAAAUAUUCAACAGAUUUUCAGAGAUUUGAUACAGUUGCCUAGGAAAGAAGAAGAUACAGACAUUGCAAUGAAACUUCUGGUUCAAUGGACGUCUUGUGGCCUUGAAGAUGUUCAGCUCGUAAAUUACUCUGUCUUGCUUGACCUGCCAGGCUCUUCUUCAAAUACAGUAACUUUGAAAAAUAGUGGUGAAUGCUUUUAUCCUAGUGGACAGAAGUGUUACAGGGAGACCAAAAAGCUUCACAGCCAAGACCUUCUGUACUCAUACGCUGCUUACUCUGCCAAAGGAACUCUCGAGGCAGAAGUCAUUGAUGUGCAGUAUGGGACUGUAGAAGAUUUAGUCCUGAUUCAAGUCAUGACAAAUGUGACCAAUAAAAUCGCACUUCUGAAGCUAGGACAAUCACCUUUACUCUAUAAGCUUUCUCUGUUAGAAGAGGCGGGGUUUGGAGGCGUUCUUCUUUAUGUUGAUCCUUGCGAUUUACCAAAGACUCAAAAUCUUAGUGAUAAAGCAUUCAUGGUUUCUCUAAACAAUGGAGGAGACCCAUCGACACCUGGUUAUCCCAGUAUUGAUGGAAACUACAGACAUAACCGAUCGAACCUUACAUCACUGUUAGUGCAACCCAUAUCUGCACUGCUCAUCAAAAGACUGGUUUCUUUACCUGAGGACAGAAGCAAAAGUGAUGGGUGUAUCCCUCUCAAACUGCCUGUGACAGAAAAGCGAAUAAUCAGUUUAAAUGUUCAGACAGUCCCAACAUACAAGACAAUUUCUAAUGUUAUUGGUUAUUUAAAGGGAUCUACAUUUCCCGAUAGAUAUGUCAUAGUUGGUAGCCACCACAACAGUGUAUAUGGUUACAGUGGACAAGAAUGGGCCAGUAGCACUGCUGUCAUCACAGCAUUUAUACAAGCCUUGAUGCUAAAAGUUGAGAGAGGCUGGAGGCCUGAUCGGACCAUUGUUUUCUGCUCAUGGGGAGGAACAUCAUUUGGCAACAUUGGCUCAUAUGAAUGGGCAGAGGAUCUCAAGAAAGUUCUCCAGAGAAAUGUUGUGGCUUAUGUUAGCCUCCAUAACCCAGUAAGAGGCAACUCAAGCUUGCAUCCUGUAGCAUCGCCUUCUCUUCAGCAACUGGCAACAGAGAGUCAGAGCCUUACCUGUCUGGGGAAAAUGAAGUGCCCAGGAUCCAAUGUGAGUUCUGUGCAGAUGCAGGGCGAUUCUGAUUAUUUCAUCAACCAUCUUGGGGUUCCCACUGUGCAGUUUUCUUAUGAAGACAUCAAAACAUUACAGAGUCCAAGCUUUCUCUUUGAAGCUCUCUUUCCUGCACAUAACACAGUAACUGAAGAGUUGGAUCCCUUGUUCAACCUGCAUGAGACCAUUGCUAAGCUAACGGGAGAGGUGACUUUGCAAAUUGCCAGUGAACCAGUUCUGCCCUUUAAUGCCCUGGACAUCGCAUUAGAAGUUCAGAACAGGCUUAAAGGUGACCAACUAGACAUUCGUCAGUUGCUGGCAAUGGCUUCAAGACUGAGGGACAGUGCAGAAUUAUUCCAGUCAGAUGAGAUGCGUCCAGCUAAUGACCCCAAGGAGAGAGCUCCUAUCCGAGUGAGAAUGCUUAAUGAUGUUCUCCAAGGUCUGGAGCAAAACUUCUUAGUUCAACAAGCUCCUCCAGGGUUUUACAGAAACAUUCUUUUCAGGCUGGAUGAAAAGAUGAGCCAAUUUUCAGUACUCUUAGAGGCACUGGAACACUGCAAGCUACGUCAGUCAAAUGAGACCCUUCAAGCAGCUUUGUCAAAGGUGCUGAACAGCAUCAAUUCAGCUCAGGUUUACUUCAAAGCAGGACUUGAUGUGUUUGAGACUGCCUUUGCUGGAAAGAAAUGAGAAAACUCUCAGCAUUCUAAGAAGUUUGUUUACAAUUCACUAAGCAAAAGUUCAAGUCGGACCAGAAUUUCAUUGAGAUUGAAAGUUUUUUCAACUUUUUUUUUUCCAAUCGGUGUUUAAAGGUACUACCAUGUGUGUUCGAAUAACUAUAAAACAGUCUUUUGCACUGUUCAUGGUAUAUCCCAAAUGUCUCUUUGAGAAUGUGUAAAAACAUACUAAGAGGGGAAUAACACUCAAGAUUUGAUUUUUAGAAGGAAAUCUGCUGUAUUUUUGUAUGUAAAAUAUAUUUUUAUGACUAAGGGCUCAGUCUUGCAAAGUGCUGAACACCUCCUGCAAAAUGCGAAGGGCCUGAUUUUCAGAGGUGAGGAACACCCACUGCUGUAAGUAUAUUAGAGCUGUGAAUGCUCAGAAAAAUAUUGACUGCAGUACCCUAAAAUUCAUUGGUUCACCCUUAAGUCCUCCAGUACCCAGAUUUGUUACAGCUCCUCGACAAACUCAUCUUUGUUCUUUCCCCUUUAUGUCUGGGGAGAGGAAGUUGAAGGAUGUGGGUUCAUUCUAUUGGUGUUCAGGGCAUGCAGGACUAAGGAGGAGGCACUCGAUACCUUGCAGGUAGAGUCCAACAUUUUGAGACAAUCCUUACUCCUGGGGAUGAUGCAUAUAGUGUGAAUGUUGCUUAGGUUCUGGGAGAGUUAAGAACCUUUGAUUAUCCUGUUUCUGCACCGGAAAAGGAGAAUUUUAAUUUCAAUAAAAAGUGCUUGUUUUUUUUUUUAAUAUGAACAAUUCAGAUGAUUCAGAAAGAUUUGAAUUAGUCGACGGAGUUGACCAAAAACAUUUUGAAUGUUUAUGUUUAUGAAAUGAAGUGCCUAAUCUUAUAGAACUAGGUGUGGUACUACCCUGGUUAACAAAACUGUCAACCUUUAUAAUGGCAUCCACUUUACGGCCACCCUUCACUCCCAGAGUGGUAUAAAGGGACCUUAGCCUAAAUGAGAAUCAAACCCCAAGAAUCCGAGGGAAGUUCUUAAGAUAUAGGGCUUGAUUGUUUCAUUGGCAGAACCCAGGCUGUGGAUUCACAGCAGUGCAAUCAUAGUAGUGCAAGCCACCCACAAUUCCCACCCUCCAGAGAACCUAGAAUAGCCAGCACAACCCAAAUAGAUUAAGCAUAUCUCUCAUCUGAAACAUAAAGCAGUAUUCCCCUAAUGGAAUCCCUGACUGAGAGAAACAGUAAUACUUCUACCACUGCAUAGCAUGGAAUUAUUGAUGGGUGAAGCAGGUGCAGUUUGUACCUCCCUGUGCUCCUGGGGUGAAUGUGAGUGCACACAGGACAACUGGAAUGCAAGUCAUUUAAUUUUGCAAAACAGGUGACUGAUAGGGCUAAAGUUUACUGGGCCUUAGGGCUUUAAAUCCAUAGAUUAUUAUAACUCCAUGCAAUAAAAUUUAGAGCGUGUAGAGAAACAGGUUUAACAAUGAAGAGCGUGGAGUUAGAGCUGCAGGAAAAAAUGAUCAGACGUCACUGGGACUUCCAGACUGGAAAAGUCGUUGCUGUCUGGGAUCCUAAAUAGUUUAUUGUUGCCUCAAAUUUGCCCUUGAAAAUAAAAAGGAGGCUUUUCAAUUUCUAAUGGAAACAGCCACAUUUCUGUUUGAAUGGAGAAAAAUUUCACCUGGGAAAAAUUGCAGAAUUUCUCCAAAGGGUGCAAUUUUGUGUCAGUGCUGUUUAACAAGAGCAUGUUCCCAAAGUGAAAACAGGGAGUUUAUUACAACUCUGAGUCUUUAUUUCUCCACAUAUUGUACUUCAUAAAUAUACUUCUAUGGCUGCAAUGAUUUGAUACAGAGUGCAUGCAACUUUGCUUUUGUCACAUUUCAUCAUACACUAUUAACACAGGAAAGUGUUUACUCUCUACCUUUCAGCUGACACUAGGUGGAGGGAUCUGUCUGCUGGAGGGCAGGUGAGCAAUUUGACUUUCCAAACCUACUCUAAAGAGAUGGCAUGGCACCAUUUUCUUCUGCCAUAGCACUUCUUCUCGCUCAUCGGGUUUCCAAUAGCACCCAUCACCGUGGUUCCUAACCAGUUGGAAUUGCUUCAUAUGAACUGUGUGUUCUGUAUUUCCCAACAAUAUUUAACAAUUUAUUGUAUGCACUAGAUUUGUAUUGUAUUUCCUGAGGAGACGUAAUCUCCCAGCUGUGAGGUUAGCACUUGGGUUACUGAUCCCCAGGGGCUUAAUCCUGAUCCCAGUGAAGUCAGUGGUAAAGCACUUAUUGACCUCAGUGGUACAGAAUCAGGCUCCAAUAAAGGGGCCUAAAAUAUAGACCAACACCUGUUGGCAAGGGUCUAAAAUGUAAAAUUCCCCAAUCUCCCUUUAAACUAAUCUGUGUCAUUUCCAAUUUUGUAUCAACUGAGAUUUUUUGACAAUACUGUGUCAUUUGUUACAACUGCAUCAUUCCUGAUUAAUUUGCCUUUUCCCCUUCCUCCAGUAAUGUUAGACCAUAACCAGUUUUAAAAUCACAGACCGUGAAGUAUUCUACUGCAAAUAACACCAUUAUAGUAUAUGCAGGGGUGAAAGUAACUUAAAGGAUUUACCGGCACUGCAGUUCGGAGCAGGGGGCGGGGCCUCAACAGGAAGGGGCCUGGCCUCAACCAGAAGAGGCGGGGCCUUUAGAGCCCCGGGCCCUUUAAAUCAAGAUUUAAACAGCCCCGGUCUCUCACUGCAGUAGUGGUGGCUGGGAGCCCCGGACCUUUUAAAUCGCUGCCAAAGCUACCAUCUGCAGAGGCAGCUGGGAGCCCCAUGCCCUUUAAAUUGCCGCCUGGGGAAGCCGGUCCGGUACGGCACACCGGCUCUUGCUGGUACCUAUAUGUCUACCUAGAGAUGAUCCCCUGCACCUGCAGCGGCAUAGGCUUGAUGGGAUACUCGACUCUAACUUGUCUGAUUUUAGAGGUGUAAGUCGGUGCUCACAGAUAAUUUUUGAACCAUUUUACCUUUGAAAAGGUACUGCGGGUCAUGUCCUGCCAUUGGUUUUACAUGUAGUCUGGUAGAUUCAGGGAAUUGAUAGCAAGAUAAAGCCGUAAAUAUCCAGUGAAUUUCUAAUAUAGAAUCUUUCUCUCGGCCACUUUUUCCACAUCAGGUAGGAAAAGGUGUGUGUAAAUUGUAAUAGUUUACUCAAACUAAAUUCCUUUCGGUAUUGCCUUGAAAUAAAUGUAAUGCCCUUUUUAAAAAUGCGGUGUUUGCAAACUCCUUGAAGGAUACUGAAAAAAUCUGUUAUCUUUUCAUGAGCAUCGAUUGCCAAACCCAGCAUAACAAAUACAUUAAUUGCUAGAGAGCCAUACUCACCAGGACCAGAAAUCCUAAGGCUUGCAAUAUUUGUGUGGUGAAGCAGUUGAUAAUAAAAGGCUAACAUGAUUUUAUUAGUGCAUAUUUUUGUGAGUCCAUAAAGAACUAAAAUAUAAUCAAAUCAGAGAAAUAACAAGGACAUUGAAGCUGGAAUUUCAGCACUAACUUCACAGUGGGCAGUGAAUUGCUUUUAUCACCCAAGAAAAACAAGGCCUUUUUGCUGUAUAGUAUACACAAAUAAACAUAUGACUUGUAUAGUGCCUUCAUUUUUCAAGUAUUGUGCAAAUACUGAUUUCUGUACAUAGUACCCUCCCCACCCACAUAGAUUGAGGUGAUACCCAUGUGAUAAAUUCCAGAAUGAAUUUACCUUACACUUGACUGCUUCACCUGCCCUCUUCCCAUUAUCACAGCUUCUAGGACUUGUUCUAGGGAGCUGUACAAAGCAAUGCAUGGGGAACAAAUCAGUCUCUCAGUUAACUACAUUUUUUCCCUUAGGAGUAGUUCUUCCAUAUCUUUUUUUACCCAUUUUAAUCAUUAUUAUUGCAUGCAUUCAAAGAAUGCCCAUCAUUAUAAUAUUAAUUUAUCAUUCAUUUUAUAGGGAAUUUGGUGUGAAAAGUCUCAGCUUAACUGUCUGGGAUUCCAAAGCCAUUAUUUGUUGGACAAAGAAAUAUGACUUGCAAGCCCAUUAGCUCAAGCUGUAACUCAUGUUUUUGUCUCUGGAGAUCCCCUUUUCAAUCCCUGCCCAUAAGCAAGAAGUUGGUCAUCACACAUACUGUCUAAGAGAUGGAUAUAGAGAAACCAGGAUUCACUAGGAAAUCUAGAGAAGGGUAUAAACUUAUAGGGAAAAAUACAUGGAGAUAGUUAAAUAUCAUAAACUACAUAUUUUCUUCCAGACAGUAAGAGAUCGAUGAAAUUCCAUGGCCUGUGUUAUGCAGGAGGGCAGACUAGAUGAUCAUAAUAUGGUACCUUCUGGUCUUAAAAUCUGUGACUCAUUUUAGAGAGAGAGAGAGAGCACUAAGUUUGGGCUUAGGCACAUUUUCAAGGGAUCAGAUUUCAGAGUAACAGCCGUAGCCAAAUUUGGGCAGAUUUUCAUAGGGAUGGCAAAAGGCCCACCUCUGACACAAAGGACACUCCUCUGCCAAAUUUCAACUCCCUGAGGGUGCUAUAGCUUCUCACGUUGUCAAAACAUUGUGAAAAUAGGCAAAACAAUAUAUUUUUCCCUAGCCUUAUUCUCAGAAAUGACUGAACCAUUUUCACUGAACAUUUCCGGCAGUAGUAAUAGUUCUAAUUAAUAAUACUCAGACUGAGGGAAAAACCCAGCCUGGACAUUUUCAGCCCAAAUGGGAAAAAAUUGGCAAAGUUAUACGCAAUUGAAAACAGGGUCUUUUAAUGGCAAGUGUUGGGAACACAAUAAUAGGUGGUGCUGCCAGCCCCACCUAUCACAAUAGUUUUGGGUGCUCAUGCAGGGUUACAAGAUGUCAUUACUUCAUCAGCAUAAUAUGUUAUUUCAGUGUGUCUCAUUAAGUAUUCACCUCAUGGGACUAAAUCAUACAGAAGGCUCCCAUAUGUUAGUCCGCAAAGUGGGUGGACAUAAUCAAGUGUAAUGGUGACAGAAGCUGGUUUAACGAUAACGUUUUCCAAAACAUUUUGCAAGGACUAUUAGAUAUUUAUAUUCUGCGUAAUUCCUUGUGUCCCUCAACAUAUGAUAAUAAAGGCAGGACCAACUUUAUAAAAGUUUGCAGGAACCUUUCGUGUUCGUUGGUCAGUACUGCAUAAAGCACAGGACAGAGUAUAAGUGUAUGUAGUGUAUGUAUAUGUGAUAUACUGUAAUCUGGUACAAUCAUGAUGCUUAUUAAAAAUUUUGGAAUGUAUUAAUGUAAAUCCUUUGUUCUAGGAAAUACACAGGCCUGGAAUCAGAACAGAGGCUUAAUUUAAGAAACCUAGUUAGAACACAGAUAUUGAACAGAAUAUUUUUUUCAUGUGUAAGUACAGUUUCAUGCUUAUUCAGCUAUCUAUUCAUUUGGUAAAAAAGAAUUUUGUUUAAGCUACUUUUCACUGUUGUUUUUCCCCAACAAGGCUUUUAAAAAUGAAGUAAGCGCCUGUUCUUUGGGGUUUUUUUAAGUCCUUGCUGCCUUUAAUAUUUUUAAAUGAUGCCACACAAUCGUUGAGAAGCUUAUCUUACUUUAUAAUGGUGUUAAGGCCUCUUUAUCUGAUCAUUAUUGUGCAUUAUUUAUAGGCAGAACUCAGGGCUGGUCUUCACUACAGAGAGAUCGAUGCUGCUGCAAUCGAUGCAGCUGAGUUCAAUUUAGCCGGUCGAGUGAAGACCCGCUAAAUUGAUGGCAGAGCACUCUCAGGUCAACCCCGGUACUCCACCUUUCCGAGAAGAGCAAGGGAAGUUGAUGGGAGAGCGUCUCCCAUUGACGCAGCAUAGUGAAGACACCGGGAUAAGUCGACCUAAACUAUGUCGACUCUGGCUAUGUUAUUUAUGUAGCUGGAGUAGCAUAACUUAGGUUGACUUACCCCCGUAAUGAAGACAAUCCCUCAGAAUUAAAGUGGUAUUGUUUUGAAGCAGUCUCUUGGGGCAGAGACACUUUACAGAUUCACUAGCAUACUUAAUGUAACACACUUAGGUGGCUUUUACUAUGUCUUUAUUAUGGAGUCACUAUAGGUAUCCAAGGCCUGGUCUACACUAGAGGGGGGAUCGAUCUAAGUUAUGCAACUUCAGCUACAUGAAUAACGUAGCUGAAGUUGAUGUACUUAGAUCUACUUACUUAGUCGACGUACUUAGAUCAACAUACUUAGAUUGUCUUCAACAUGGUGAGUCGACUGCUGCUGCUCCCCGUCGACUCCACCUGCGCGUCUCACAGCAGUGGAGUACAGGAGUCGAUGGGAGAGUGCUCGGGGGGGUCGAUUUAUUGCGUCUAGGCUAGACGCAAUAAAUCGACCCUCGCUGGAUUGAUCGCUCGGUGGGUAGUGUAAACAUACCCCUUGAUGACGUUCUGAGGCACUAACCUGAGAGAGCUGAAUGUGGUGGUGUAAUCAGAUUCCAAAGACCUAGUCAGUCUACCCUAUUUGGAGUGAGCUGUGGGAAGGACUCCUAGGGUUUGAGCAGUUCGUUCAGCUUUUAUUCUACAUUCUUUAAGAGCACCUCCCCAAUGCAACCUUCAAAAUAUUGGCACUGGGAACAUAAUCUAUUUACUGGCGCAAAAAGCUCCCUGACUGUUGAUUGUGAGAUUAUUUUUUGGUCCCCUAGCAUUGAUUUUUUUUUGAAAAAAGAUAGCUCUGGGGACUAGAGAAAAUCAUAAGGUCCCUCUGCCAGGGAUUGUGUAGAUGUUUUCUUUCCUAUGUUUAUUUCUGUCUACAAUUCAUGUUUAUACUACAUUUUCAGUUUGUGAUGCAUUCUUAGUUAGAAUUUUUAUCCAUCCAAUUCAACUAAGGCCAUAUGAAAAGCUUAUACAGUGCUACACUGCUCAAAGCAGUAUUAUUUGACAGGAAAUCAGGCAUGACUGGAACGUUGACAGACAUUGGGCCAUAUCCUCAGCUACAGUAUUUAGAAAGUUGGUUUAAUUGGCCAGCUAGGAAUUCUGCCAGCGUGCAUAGGGGUUUAGAGAUUUCAAAGAGAACUCCUGUGACUUCCCCCUUCUCCAGGUCCCUUGUAUCCAUGUCACAUUGGCGGGAUGGUUCAGAGCUCCCAAUGUGCUUCUCUGAUUCCCAGUUAGCAUAACUUUGUAGGCUUAUCAGCUGAUAUAGAAUAGAGCAGUCUUGAGGCCGCUUUUCAGCCCCACCCAGAACGUUAAGGCACCAGUCUUUUCCAGUACUUACUAGAAUGUUCUGCCUUGUGGCAAUCUGGUAUUAUGUAUGCACUAUUUGUGGCUUUUCGUACAUUCAGCUGGACUGUUUUUUUCCCCUAUCUGCCCUCACUUCCUGGCCUCAGCAUCUAAAAUUUUUUUUCCAUUCUAUGAAUCCACUAGAGGGGAAUUAAGGAGAUGCUUAAUAUUUCACAUUUAAAUCAGAUGAGAUAAAGACAAAAGCUCUUUGUUUUCCAUCUGCAGUCUACGGAAGUUAGUGGGCAACAUACUGUUAUCAUGUAUAUUAUGAUUUGAUAUGCUAAGAGAAAUGGAAAAUGAAUGUAAUUCCUCAUCCAAUGAAAGCAGAAAGAAUUCAGGGAACACUUUACACUCAAAUAUUUUAACCAUUUGUGCACAAGAGAGACCAAGAAUGAAGUGAAGAAGUAUGAGCAGCUAUUUUCUUUUGGAAAAUUCUGUUGUUUUGCUUCAGUAAAGGAUUUUAAUAUUGUAUUCAUACCUAUGCAUUCUAUACCUCUGAGCCCUGGUACACUGCUGUGUCACAUGGGGAUUAGUCCUAGUGCUGUCAUCAAUGCUAAUGUUCAGAACACUAGUUCAUACUGAGACUGUGUCCCACGACUUCCUAUGGGAUUUAUCUGAUCAGAUGCAAUAUGCAAAUAUUUCCACAUUUUAUAAAAUGCUACAAAAAGCAUCUAUCAAAUUGCAUCAUCAAUGAACAGCUUUGGCUCAGAAUAGGAGAAACACAGUGAAUGUAUGCCUCUCUCAUUCCAUCUCCUUCUAACUUUCCAAAUAGUAAAAUACAGUUAACAUACAAAAUAUGCUCACCUACAGUAAAUGAUAGCUAGUCAAUUCAGAAGAAGAUUAAAUAACCAGGAUUUUGACCAUGCAGUAAUACAGACUUGAUAUAGUGAUUCCAGGGAACCAAUAAAUCUCAUACUGUGUGGUAAUGUGCAAUGAAAAGUUGAUUUUUAUAAUACAUUAAAGGGCACAGAGGGGAGGUAUAACAGCUUCUUUCUGGAAAAUAGUUUACUUUGUAUGAAUUUGUACUUUUAUAACACAGUAUAAUAAAAAGAUAACAUUGACUAUUAAUGUAGGUAGAUUCUACAUACUUGGAUUAAGAAACACAUAUUACCUGUUUUGUACCAUUGCUGUAAUUUUUACAUCAUAUAUCAGUGUUGAGAAAGAAAGACACUGAAAUGGAAUGCAGUGAUAGACAUGACGUGAAAGUGGUUGUAAUUGUGAAUUAGUCUUUAUUUUUUCCUGAAUUAUAUUUUUUUAUAGAUUAAACUGGAACAUGAAGAUAUGAAUCUAAUAUACAUUGCACUGAAUUAUAUGGAAUUCUUUUCAUUUGCUUUGAUUUUUGUUGGCUUUGUCAAUGAAUUGUACCAUAUGCCUCUCAAACUGCUGGUUCAAUAACAUGGAUCCCAGGGCCCUAAAAUAUGGUAGAACCUGGGAUGCAAUGGCUAAUGUCACUCGGGACAUCAAUAGACAUUCCAAACCGUUUAAAAAUGUUUAUUACAAUUUACAGACAGGUACAUUCCAAUCAUCCAAAUGUUCCAGGAACUGAUGGUCAGAGAUCCAACACAUUCGAUAAUUGGAAUUUCAGAUAAAGGACAUUAUCUUCUAUGUGGAUUUCAGACUCUGGGUGGCCAAGAUUUCCAAAAAUAGCUAACGAUUUUGGGUUCACUUCUUGGGUACCAGAUUUGAGACACUUAGAGGGAGCCUAAUUUGCAGAAAAUGCUGAACAUCUACUCUGAAAACUCUUUUCAGCAUGUCUCGAGUAGUCACACCUUCCGUUUGAAAAUCUUGACCAUGGUAUCUAAAUUUCAGAGCAUCUGAAAUCCAGCUAGUUAGGGUUUGUAUUACAAAUGUCCUAAAAUUACAAAGAAGUGCUUACUCUCUCAGGAAAACAGGAGUUGCCUACUCUGCCUGUAAGAUUUAUGGAGUGUUUGGAUGAAGCUGCAGAGUUUUCCCACGCUCAGGAAGCACUCGAGAGGUGUAAUGAAUUGUUCUCGUUGUAAAAUGAAUGUGUAUUUCCAAAUUUAUGUUUUUUCCACACUAUGUUGUUUUAUUCCCAAAGUGCUUUCCUUUUCU